GAAAACAGAAUCAACGAUGUCUGGAAGAGGAAAAGGAGGCAAAGGUCUUGGAAAAGGAGGCGCCAAGCGCCAUCGCAAGGUUCUCCGCGACAACAUCCAAGGAAUCACGAAGCCCGCUAUCCGUCGCCUGGCUCGCCGUGGUGGUGUGAAACGUAUUUCUGGUCUCAUCUACGAGGAGACUCGUGGUGUGCUGAAGGUUUUUCUGGAGAACGUGAUCCGUGAUGCCGUCACCUACACCGAGCACGCCAAGAGAAAGACCGUAACCGCCAUGGAUGUGGUCUACGCGCUGAAACGCCAGGGUCGUACUCUGUACGGUUUUGGCGGUUAAUUCUUGGUUCCAUUUCAAAUCUACACAAAAGGCUCUUUUAAGAGCCACCCAUAUUUUACAAUCAAAAGGCAUAUUAUUCCGCAUCACAGUGGUGUCAUAUGUAUAUGUAUAAUCUGAUUUUGGUCUUAAGUAAUUGGCAAAUAAGGCUUUGGUGAAGAACUACCACUUUGAACAGUUGACUCGGAAAUGGGUCUAUUACUCCAAGCUUCUCGACCUCUUCUGGUGAAAAGCCAAGACUGCAUCUAAAUUAUCCCGGCUAGAUGGUGGACAGGAAGCUUUACUAGUGAAAUAAAUCUAUCCUAACCACCACACGCCCCCACAUACGUAGUGAACAUGAAUAAGAAUGGGAUAUUCUUUUUACAAAUAAAGAUUGGAGCAAUCAGAAUAAAGUUUUCCCACGUCUCUUGCAUUGUAAUAAAAACAAAU